AAGCGUGACACGAGCCUUUGGCAGGAAAUGAGGUCAGACUGCAGUGAAGUGAUGAAGCUACAGGUUGCUCACCUGAGCCGCCGCAGAAGGUUCUGCUCAUUAAUUGGUCGUUGCUGAUGCUGCUGCCAUGUUGUCAGUGAUGGGCUCUGAACAUCAAAAGUCUCGGGAUUCAGGUCCGUCUGGACCACGUGCCCUUUGGCCAGUGGACCUCAAGUUAACUCACUUGGACUGGAACCCUGAUGCCACCCUGAUACACUUCCAGGGACAGUACCUGACCAUAUGUGAGCUUGACUACAACAUCUUACAGGGAGAAAUACAGAACAUACCAAAGACCAAAGCUGCGGUGGAUAUCGGGGAGUUUUGCCUCAUGGAAGAUUUGACUUCAGCCCGCUGGUACAGAGGAAGAGUUCAGAACCGAAAAGAGGACUUGUUCGAUGUGUUCCUCAUAGAUCAUGGGAAUGUCCUGAGUGUCGACAUUGCCCACAUAUCUUCCUGUUCAAACGAUCUGUUCAUUCUGCCUCCCAAGAUAGUUUGCGGAUUUCUUGCAAAUGUGCUGCUGCUUCAUGGCUGUUCCUCUUCUGUGGUGGAAGAUUACCUCUCAAGCCUGAUUGGAAGGAACGUCACAGGUUACAUUCAAGCCCUCCUGCCCCACAAAGUCCUCUUACUGGAAGCCCCUGACAUCAACGACGACCUUGUCAGACAUGGUUUUGGGAGGCAUGUGGACACAGACACUUUCCUCCUCUUGGUGGAGAUGCUCACAGAGGUGCCACUCAAACAAAAUAUAGAUCCGGUUCCUGACUUACUCAUUGAAAAGCCAAGGGGACAGGAAUUUUGUUUCAAAUCUGGAUUGCAGGGAUAUGAAGAAAUUCUGUCUUUUUGUGGGCCCAAAUUGAGUUGUGGGACACGUGCUAAAGUGCGAGUAACUGCUGCUGUUAACCCUGGCCUGUUUUACUGCCAGAUGGUUAGUAAGGAAACCGAUCUUUGGGAAAUGUCAAAGAAGCUGGCUGCAGUUUGUGAGUACAGAGCCAAAGAUCAGCAACAGAAGACUCCAGAAAACCUGGGUCUUCUCUGCUCAGUUAAAGGCAAAGAUGGGAAAUGGUACAGAGGCUUUGUGCAGUUUCUCCCAGUGAACUCUCAAGUGCGAGUGUUGUUCAUUGAUUAUGGAUUCUUUGAAUCUGUCAAAGUUGAGAACGUCCACAGGUUGCCACCUGAUUUCUAUUCAACACCCAUCAUGGCGUUCCCAUGCUCACUCUCCUCCCUGAAUAUUCAGGAUGAGGCAGUCAGAACUCAGCAGUUGAGUUUCCUCAAGGCAGGCUUGCUUGGAGGAGUGUUGGAUGUGGAUAUCAGUUGUUUUGAAGAAGAGCAGCAUCUGUACUCUAUCACAGUAGUCAGUGCUCAAGAUAAUCAUGUGAAGGAACCAGAGCCAAUCCCGGAGCUUCCCAGAAUGAAGGUUGGGUCAGAUUUUGAGACAGAAGACUUGUCAGCUCAGGGUGGGUAUUUAUACUAUGAGACAAUCAUCGGUGAAGUGUUCAGUAAAACCCUGGAAGAAGAAGAGGUGCAGGAAGACUCUGUGUUUGUGGGCUACGUCGAGCAUGUCCAGAAUCCUAACCACUUCUGGAUUAGAACACAAAAACGCAAUGAUGAGUUUGAAGAAAUGAUGACAAAAAUGGCAGAUCACUUUAAUCAAGUGAAGCUGGAUGAAGACACACUGGUAGAUCCUGAUCUUGGAACACUGUGCUGUGCAGUGUAUGAGGAAGACAUGCAUUUCUACAGGGGUGUAGUGACUGACACUCUUGAACAUGGAGCUGAAGUUCUAUUUAUUGAUUUUGGGAACAUUGAGAAAGUGCCACAUAUGUUGAUCAAGAAGAUACCUGAGACAUUUUCCAGCAAAUCAGCGUUUGCCAUCUGUUGUACUCUUGUUAAUGUUGUUCCUUUGGAUGAAGUCUGGACCAGCACUACCUCUGACUUUUUCAGACGAGCUGUGUCCGACAAAGCCCUGCUAGUCCAUGUUGUCCAGAUGAGAAGAAACAAAUUUGUUGUUGAUCUCUAUGAGAUGGGAAGUGACACCAGUCAGAGUAUCAGUGAGUUCCUGAUCUCUUCAAAACAAGCUGAAUACUGGAACAACCUUCGUAUAGAGCCUAUGAUACAAAAUAAAACUGAGGUGACAGAAAAAACAAGAUGCCCAAGACAUAGUGUGACAUUAGACAUCAAUGGGAAUGCAGAAUGGGAGGAUUAUGAGCAGAUUGAGAACACAAGCAAAAAUGAAAUCAAGAAGGCCCAAGUGGCUACGAGCUUCAAACCUUUAAGCAUCAAGCCUGGUUGUGAGUUUGCUGUGUGUUGCUCCUACAUCAACUCUCCAUCAGAUUUUUGGUGCCAACCUCUAGAUAAGGUUCCGGCUUUAGAGGAACUGAUGAGUGAAGUACAGCAGUAUUACACGACUCACACGGUCCCCAUCCAGUCUGGGGAUUCAUGUUGUGUUGCCAAGUCACCCCUGGAUGGAAAAUGGUACAGGGCCUUCAUCACAGAUAGGCAGAAAGGCCAUGCCAGAGUGAUAUUGGUUGACUAUGGCUUUACCAUCCAAAUCAAGGAGCACAACCUUCAGACCAUUAUGCCAGAACAUGUUGAUCUGGAAGGACAAGCUUUCAGGUGCAGCCUUUACAACCUGAUUGAACCUGUUGAAACCAAGAGCUGUUGGGAGUGGAAUCCAGAGGUGUGCAAAUCUCUGAAAACGUUUUCCAACAACAGCACUGGACAUCUAAGAUGUAAAGUUGUCUCUCAGUUGAAUGUGAAAAACAAAGAGCUGUACAAUGUUGUUGACCUCUACAACACCCAAACUCAGCAGAGCAUAACAAAAGUGCUUGUGGAACAGGGCCUGGCAAGAGAAGCAACAGUCUCAACAAAGCAACUGUCAACAGUGUUUCCUGAGUCUUUUGUCUACUCUUCAUUCAACCUAGACAUCAAAAGCAAAGAACAAGUCUACGUCACUCAUGUUAGUAGCCAGUGGGAAGUCUACUGCCACCUUGAGAGAAACACUGAAAUUAUUGAAGAGCUUGGAAAGAAAAUCUCGGAGGAGAGUGAGAAAAUGAAGCAAGCCAGUAGGAGGGCUGUUGUAAGGAAGCUGUGCCUGGCAAAAUACUUGGAUGGAAUAUGGUACAGGGGCUUGGCACAUCCUGUUCAGUCACCCCUGCAUCUCAGUGUGUUCUUUGUGGAUUAUGGAAACACAAACAUAUCUGAGAAAACCCACGUCAUGUUUAUUCCCAGAGACUCUGCUCAUUUAUUGUACACACCCAUGCAAGCUGUGAAAUGUAACCUUGCUUCAGUGUCCAAGGAAGAGCUCUAUGCAGAUGUUAAAGAAUGGCUUGAUGGAGCCAUACUCAACAAGCUAGUGAGAGCUGUCAUAGUUGGAAAGCGCAACGAUGGUUCAUUUGAUGUUGAGCUGUUUGAUGGAGAUGUUAACAUCAAUGAGAAGGUAAAGGAGCUCAUUCUCAGUCUUUCACCCAAACCAAAGACAGUUGUGAGUUUCAACACGAGCAGCACAAAGACAAAAUGUUCAACUCUCCACAAAAAAGGCAUGAAGACUCCAGUCAAGUCCAAGUGUCAACCUAAAGGGCAGUCUUCAAAUUCUCCCACAUCCAACGCCUACAGAGGCACUCGUAUUGGGAGUGCACCCCAAAAAAAGAAAGAAAACAUAAAAACCUAUGUGAAGGAUCAGAACAAAAUCACAAAAGUAAAACAACAAAGGGAGAACCAUGAUACAAAGACAGAACAGCCUCAACACACCGAGGAAGCAGAGAUCCCUCAGCUCUCAUGUUUGCCCAACAUAAAAGUGAGUGUGGGCUUCAGGGUGAAGUGUUUUAUCUCCCACAUUGACUCAGUCGACAGAUUUUUCCUUCAGCUGUCAGAGGAUGAACCUGCCAUCUUGAAAAUGGGUGAAGAUCUCAGCUCAGGUGUCUCCAGAGAAUCCUUGAAGACUACCCCAUCACUGAGAAUCAAUGACCUUGUUCUGGCUGAGUAUGAGGAGGACGGUGCUCUGUAUCGUUCAGUUGUGAAGGACUAUGAAGGGACCUGUUUCAAAGUUGAGUUUGUGGACUACGGAAACUCGGCAGUCAUUGGUAAGGAGAAGAUUUACUCAAUACCAAAGGAAUAUCUCUCUCAGCCAAGAUUCAGCAUAUCAUGCUCCCUGUUGGACACAAGCACUUACGAAAAUGACGCUUCUUUCACCAAUGCUGUAAUGGAGAAGCCUCUCAUGGUUGACUUUGUCCGUCAAUAUGAAACUCAUUGGAAAGUCAAGGUUGAGGUUCUUGGUGGAGCAGUUGGUCUUUCAGCGGCACUUGAAGCAGCCGUUGAAACUAGCACUGCAACCAAAAAGGAAGAAGAGGCUUCUGCAAGUUCAUCUGAAAUAGAGGAGAAAGUGAGAUCCAGUGAACAGACCUCCCUCAAAGUUAGAGAGGAUGAAACAAGAACUGAAUCUGAAGCUAUGACCAUUGAAGGCGAAAAUCUCAGCCGAAAACCACCACCUGUCACACUGUCAACCAAACUGAAGGUAAAAUCCUGCAGGCGCUAUAGCAGAACACCCACCAGAAAUAAGAGUGAUUCUAAGAAGAUUCAAAGGAAAACCUCAAAAUCCUCUGUCAGAAUGAAGAAUGAUGGUGCAGAUGAAGCCAUAACUCCGACUACUCAAGCUAAAGACACGGAGAACGGUGCUGUUCUGUCGGUCUUGAGUAAUGGCAAUUUUUAUGUGAGGCUUAAUAAAACCAGUGUCCUCCUUGCUGCAUUGGAAAGCCACAUUGCUGAAAACCUACACAAGUGUGACAUGGUGGCUGAAGAGGAUAUCAAACAAGGCCUCAAGUGCUUAGUUAAUGUGUACAAGGACAACCAGUGGAAGAGGGCUGUUGUUCAACAUGUAGGUCAGGACAAAUGCCAGGUCCUCCUGGUGGAUUAUGGAUUAACAGAAGAAAUUCCAAGUGGCUCCAUCCGACGACAGUGCAGUGACAUGACAAAAAUCCCAAACCUUGCCGUGUUGUGCAGGAUGAACUGCCUUGGGUUCAGUGAGGGAGAGCAUGCUAACAAAUGGUGGCAUGAAACUCUCAAACCGAUGAUAGACAAAGAAGUCAAGCUGGUGUUUGUGUGUUAUUCAGAAGUCGAUAACCUUUGGAUGGUUGAAAUAGUCAUGAAUGGACUGUUCCUCAUUCAUCAAAUCACAGCCUCACUGUGGGAAAAUGACGAUAUAAUCAGAUCCCCAGCAGAAACCCAAAAUAAGGCAGCAGAAGGAGAACUUAUCUUGGACACAAGCCCUCGUCAGCUCACCUUUGCUCCUAUCCAUAUAGACAAAGCAUAUUCUGGCAUUGCUGCUGCAGUGGCUACACCCUUCGAGUUUUGUGUUGUUCUGGAAGACUUGCUUCUGGUAAUGAACAAAGUGUCCAUCAUGUUUGACGACUUCCCUGGGCAGAUGUCUCCUCUUCCUGAAGCCCACCUCAUCCCUGGUGCCUGCUGCAUGUUGAAAUCAGACACCAAGAACAAGUGGUGCAGGGCUGAAAUUGUACAUGUUGACACCACAGUAGUCUUAAACCUGGCAGAUUACGGCCAUUGCGAAUGCAUGCCAUACAACGAUAUCUCCAAGCUGAAGAGGCUUCCAGAGGAGGCAAUGAAACUCCCAAAAGUGACAUACCCCUGCAUCCUGAGAGGGGUGAAGCCAGUUGGAUUGGACGGACAGUGGACUGAUGAAGCAGCGGUUUUCUUUCAGCAGUGUUUGUACCAGAGGGACCUUCAGAUCUUCUUUAGAGAGUUUGUAUCAAACAUGCACUGGAAGGUGGACAUUCUGGUAAAUGGCGUCCAUGUUUCCAAGGAGCUGGUGGAUGCUGGACAUGCUGGUUAUAUAGACGUCAUGCUAGGACUGAGGUUCCAGGAGCAGAGCCCCUGUAAAGCUCCACCUCCAGCCCCUGACAGUGAGGAAGACUGUGGCCCGGAAGAUGAAGGCUUGGAUGGGAAGUCAGAUCUUUCCUCUGAGGUCUCUGAUGAAGCUGAAGGGAAGAUGCCACCCGGUGUUGUGUCCGGAUCUAGUCAGUGUUUCCUGAUGUGAAGGCAACAAGUUUCCUGGUUGGAGUGACGUCACAUCAUCCAGCUUCAGAUUAAUACAAGUGAGAUGAAGUGACACAUCUGUAAAACCGCUGUAAUGGGAAAGAUCACAUGUACUUACAUGUAGUAAUUAACAUUUAUACCUUUUGUUUUCCUUCAGACAUUAUUAGGUCAACUUAGUUGUAUUUCUUUAAGGUGUAACCAGUAUGUUUUGUUGGAUUAGUUUCUGUGUUAUUUUCCUCAAACACUCAAUCUGAGUUAGUGAACAGUUCAAAUAUUUUUUCUAUAGUUGAACUCUUAUUAAGAUUUAAAUGAGGUGUUUUUCUCAUCCAGCUUGUUUACAUUAAUGCGGUACAUGUUGUGAUCAAAGUUAUUUCAUGUAUCCAUUUAACUGUUGAAAGUGAUUUAUGUUAUAUAAAAAAAAAAAAAGUUGGAUAAUGAGAACUGUAAUGUUUGUCUUUGAGAAAGUUAACAAAAUAUAAAGUAGCCAAGCAGACAUUUUGUUUUAUUAAUUUGUAAAUAUAUCUUUGUUAAUUUUGAGUUUUAAUGACCUUUUGGGUCAGUUUUGGUUUAAACUGUUUAUAAUUAAUGCCUUGUGCUGAAUAAAUUUUGAGUUGAAUGCAGAGAAACUGUUUCAGCUACCAAAUUAAA